UUGUGGUAUUGUAGAUGUGCAAAUGGCAUAUGCAUUUUCAAAAACUGGGAAUGUGAUGGGGAAGACGAUUGUGGAGAUCGUUCCGAUGAAAGUAAUUGCACUGCAACACCUCAGCAGAUAUGCGACUCGAAACAUAUGUUCAAGUGCCACAGUGAAGGAUGCAUAUCGAAGGAUUGGGUAUGCGAUGGUGAAGCGGACUGUUUUGACCACUCUGAUGAAAAGAACUGCACGGAUACGCCUCAUGAAUGUGCCCACCCGGAAACGGAAUUUGCAUGCGCAUCUGGACGAUAUUGCAUAAAUAGAAUGUGGUAUUGUGAUGGUGAAGAAGAUUGUCCAGAUGGAAGUGAUGAACGAAAUUGUGCUUCUGCAAGAGAAUGUGUUAAAGGCGAACGAAAAUGUCCUAGCAGUAAUCUUUGUAUAUCGGAAAGCCAGUGGUACGUUCCUUAG